ACCGGGGACAGCAGGACGGCGCGGCUCUCCCUCUUGCUCGCUCUCCGUGUCAGUUACCUCCUCAGCUCCUUCCCGAGCGGCCGGCGGCGCGCUGCUGGAGCAGAUGUGAGCGUCGUGGUGCGGGACGACACAGACCCACACACAAGGCUCGCCCUCCGCGGAAGGAGAACCAGGCAGUCCCGCGAAUGUUCCAUCAGCUGAGUGUCUAGCUGAAGCUCCUCCAACAGGCAAUUGUCACGUGGACAUCAUGUCAAACCUCAGCCUGCUCCUCUAUCUCCUGCUGCUGCUCUUUGGCUCCCUCGCAGAUACAUCUCUGCAUGAGGAGGAACCUGACUUUUAUGGAGAUGAAGCCACAGGUUACGGGCCGGUGUUUAUGGAGCAGCCGGUGGACACCAUCUACCCCGAGGAGUCACCCGAGGACAAAAUCACCAUGACCUGCCGGGCCCGAGCCAGUCCACCUGCCACAUACAAAUGGAUGCUGGACGGUGUAGAAAUCGACCUUAGCGCUGAACACAAACACUACACAUUGUCAGAAGGGAACUUGGUCAUCAGCGAGCCCGUCAAAAACAAACACGAGGGGAGGUAUUCCUGCUUGGCCAGCAACACGUACGGGACGAUCAUCAGUCGAGAGGCCUCGGUCCAGUUCGGAUAUUUGGACCUUUUCUCAUCAGAGGAAAGGGAGUCGGUAUAUGUCAAAGAAGGACAGGGGGCAGUUCUUCUCUGUGCUCCACCUCCACAUCAUCCAGCCGACCUGUCGUUCCGGUGGAUCCUCAAUGAGUUCCCCACCUUCAUCCCGCCCGACAAAAGGCGCUUCGUCUCGCAGAUAACGGGCAACCUUUACAUCUCCAAAGUGGAGGCCUCGGACAGCGGCAACUACUCGUGCAUCGCGUCCAGCUCCUCCAUCUCCAAGAGCGUCUUCUCCAACUACAUUCCGCUUGUGCCCCUCAGUGAACGUGCCAUCAGGAAGUACCCGGCUGACCUCAACGUCAAGUUCCCAGACACCACCACUCUGGCGGGGCACAACAUCACUUUGGAAUGCUUUGCUUUGGGGAACCCCGUCCCAGAGAUCCGCUGGAGGAAGUUGAAUGGAGAGCUUCCACCCAACCAUGAGGUGGCGGGGGCUCACCUGCACCUGUACAACGUGCGGUCGGAAGACGGCGGCUCGUAUCAGUGCGAGGCAGCCAACUCCAAGGGAAAGGACUACCACAGUGCACAUUUGUCUGUGGAAGCGUUUCCUGAGUGGGUGGAGCACAUCAGCAACGCAGAUAAAGACCUCAGCAGCGCCUACACCAUGUCCUGCUCGGCCAGGGGCAAACCCAAACCGCACAUCCGCUGGCUGAAGAACGGAGAAGCGUUGGACAGAAAAGAGAUGGUGUUCAACAACCUGACAUUUGAAGACUCCGGGAUGUACCAGUGCAUCGCUGAGAAUCCCCACGGAGUCAUCUUUUCCAACGCGGAGCUGCGUGUGUUUGACUGCGCUCCCACCUUCGAACACAACCCGAUCAAGCACGUCCUCGCUCCUAGAAACGGCCGAGUGGUGAUCGAGUGUCGACCCAAAGCCGCACCCAAGCCGAAAGUCUCGUGGAGCAAGGACACCGAGCUGCUGACCAACUCCAGCAGGAUGUUCAUCUGGGAGGACGGCAGCUUGGAGAUCCUCAACGUGACCCGCACAGACGAGGGCAGGUACACCUGCUUUGCCCACAACAACCUGGGCAAGGCCAACAGCACGGGCUCUCUAACGGUAACAGACUCCACAAAGAUCACCUUGGCCCCCUCCAACGCCGAUGUCAAAGUGAGGGAAAACGCCUGGAUGCAGUGCGCCGCGUCACAUGACUCCUCCCUGGACAUCGCCUUCAUCUGGUCCCUGGACGGCCGAGUCAUCGACCUCGACAAGGACAGCCAGCAUUACGAACGCACCCCGAACGGGAGCUCAGCUGGCGAGCUGAUGAUCAAGAAUGCCCAGUUGAAACACGCUGGGAUUUACACCUGCACAGCACAGACGACCGUGGACAACGUGACCUCCUCUGCCAGCCUGGUCGUAAGAGGACCCCCCGGCGCUCCGGCGGGGCUGCGAGUGAUAGACAAAAGUGACAAGAACGUAGCACUGCAGUGGAGCCGUGGAGCAGACAACCACAGCCCUAUCUCCAAAUAUACCAUCCAGUAUAGGGACGCCUUCUCCCCGGACGUGUGGAAGAACGCCACCACAUCUCCACCAGACAUUGAAGGGAACGCAGAGACGGCCACUGUGGUGGACUUGGUGCCCUGGACCGAGUACGAUUUCAGGGUGAUCGCUACCAACACACUGGGCACAGGCACCCCGAGCAUCCCAUCUCACAAAGCGAAAACCCUGGCCUCAAGUCCUGUGGUGGCGCCCUCGGAUGUGGGCGGAGGUGGCGGGACAAACAGGGAGCUGACCAUCACGUGGACGCCUGUCCAGGAGCAGUACUACUACGGGCCUUACUUUGGCUACAUCGUGGCCUUCAAACCUCGAGCCGGUGUUGAGUGGACACAGGUGACCGUGUCGGACCCCCAAGCCGAACGCUACGUGCACAAAGAUCCCUCCAUCGCUCCUGCGACAGAGUUCAUCGUGAAAAUCCAAGCAUACAACAGCAAAGGGGAGGGACCCUACAGUCUGCCGCAGACCAUUUUUUCCGCGCAAGAUGCACUCACCGAUGCUCCCGGAAGCAUUGACGGCAAAGCGCUCUCUGCCACCGAAGCUGUUGUAUGGUGGAUCCCUAUCUCACAGAGCAACAUAGAUGGAUACCAGGUUAAGUACUGGAGAAAACAGGAAGACAGUGAAGGGGGUGCCCACAGAGUGGUGGUGUCCAGUAGGGAAAACCAUACCAGAGUGGACAGAAUGAAGCCCGACUCCCUUUACCUCAUUGAGAUCCGGGGCUACAACUCCGCGGGAUAUGGGCCGCCCAGCGAGCGCCUUGAGAUCCACACCAAGAAACCGCCUCCUGGUCAAGCCCCUAGAAUCAUAAGUAAAAAGUUCAAGGGCAAGUUGGUAAACGUCGCCUGGGAACACGUGGAGACGCUGGCAAACGAGGCACCAGUGGACGGUUACAAAGUGUUGUACAGGCCGCAGGGUCAAUCCACAGGCACGCUGUACAUUACCAAAUGGCGGCACAUUGAACUCCCCCUCUUUGAAAACGAGACCUACGUGGUGGAGGUCCGAGCGUAUACGGAGGGCGGCGACGGAGCUCUGUCACAUAUCUUCAUUAUGGGAGGAAGUAUCAUGGCCACCCAGCCUCUCAGCACACUCGGCCUUCUCCUGGUGGCCGUUCUCUGCCUGAACCUCUGAAUGUAGCACCAUCUUUCUCUUCGCCUCCACGUGAAGAACACUAUUUUACGGUUGACCACCUAGAUGGACUUUUGGGACUCUUUUCACAAUUGUUCGGUUCCUCUCAUUCCAACUCUUCCCCCUUCCGGAAGAUUCUUGUGGGAAUAGAUGGAAACACACGGAAAUGGGCAUCCCUUAUUUAUCCAUAAAAAGCCUCUUUGGAGGAGUAUCAAAGGAGCUCUGUCAACUUUUUGAAAUAUGCCUUAUGUAAAUGUCUGCACUAAUCUUUCACAAUAACUUCUUUCAAAACACAUCAGUUUUGGGAUUUGUUUUUUUUAUACAAACGAAAUACAGGAAGUCCUCGAGUUACGACGUACUCGACCUACGAAGUUUCGACUUUACGACGCCCGUGCCUCGUCCGCCAUUUUGCUAUGCUAAGUGUUUCUGCUUAGCAGAAACACUUAGCAUAGUGCUUAUCUGUGUUUGUGCACCCGGAGUAUCUUUGCCUUUUUCGCCCUCCUUUUUUCACACUCUCAGCAGUAAUGGUAAGUACAGCAUCUUAUUUUUUUUUUAUUUUUAUGUAUUUUAGUUUCUUUAUACAAAGUGUUAACCUUUCCUGCUACGGUCACCUGACCGUGGUCGGGAGAUGCAGGGGAGACGCCUUCUCCAGGGCCGAGGUUGUCCUCCUCGGGGUUAACUCCCUUCUCUCGUUGCACAGCUGAGCUGGGUGGCGGCAACAAUAAAGGCACGAAGCACCGAUGUGCUGCUUUAAUGACUUUAUUAGCUCCUCUGCACAUUCGACUCUUCCCCGGUCGCCGUCACGACACUUGCCACUGUACACACUCGCACCUGCGCGCACUCCUUCCUCCUUCACAGUCCCGUCUCACUCACACAUCGACGCACGCGCCCACACACACUGAGUUUGCUGUCACAAUCACGUGGGACAAUACCCGUAACAGAAGUAUUUUGACGUAAAUUUCGACUUUAACGGUGAAAUCCGACUUACGCGGCAAUUCGGGUUACGUCGCCAGCGUAGGAACGGAACUCGUUCGUAAAUCGAGGACUUCCUGUAAUCCACACUGCAUCCCAUACUUUGGAGCUCAACAAUCAUCUGUGAAGGAUAAGUGCACGCGUUUACGAGUAUCUCUAUACUGUACGUCUUUCUUUACCUGCACUUCAGUUCCAUUUUAGCGUUUGUUUUCAUACUAAAAGUGAAGUACGGCCUCUGUUAAGUGGAUACAGUUAAAGCAAAGCUCAACCUGCCCAACCAUUGCUUAACCUCAUUGAAAAAAAAGACUCCACAUGGUCAAGUCAAUACAGUAUUUCCUAAUGUAAUGGCCAGGGAUGCAGAGAGUACCAGGCUUCUUUUAGAGGUUAGGCAUUCACUAAAAAGAGGGUUUGAAUUGUACAAAUUAACUUUUAGAAAAGCAGUGUAUAUAUUUUUAAUCAUAUUCAAAUAAUGAUACUGAAUUCAAACGAUAUUUAUUAGAUUAAAUACAACUCCAAUUCCAAUGAAGUUUGGACGUUGUGUUAAACAUAAAUAAAAACAGAAUACAAUGAUUUGCAACAAUCAUGUUCAACCAUUCUGCACGUGUUACAACAGCGUGGCUUCGUAGUAAAAGAGUGCGAGUACUAGACUGAACUGCCUGUCUCCCAUUGAAAAUGUGUGGCGCAUUAUGAAGCGUAAAAUACGACAUCGGAGAACCCGGACUGUUGAAUAGCUGAAGCUGCACAUCAAGCAAGAAUGGGAAAGAAUUCCAUCUGCAAAGCUUCAACAAUUAGUGUCCUCCGUUCCCAAACGUUUAUUGAAUGUUGUUAAAAGAAAAGGUGAUGUAACACAGUGGUAAACAUGACCCUGUCCCAGCUUUUUUGGAACGUGUUGCAGCCAUAAAAUUCUAAGUUUAUGAUUAUUUGCUAAAAACAAUCAAGUUUAUCAGUUUGAACAUGAAAUAUCUUGUCUUUGUAGUGUAUUCAAUGAAAUAUAGGUUGAACAUGAUUUGCAAAUCAUUGUAUUCUGUUCUUAUUUAUGUUUAACACAACGUCCCAACACCAUUGGAAUUGGGGUUGCAUAUGUAAUAUAUUAUUUAGUUUUUCCCCAAUCCCAUUUAGCAGCAUUUUCUGGGAAGCUCUUUCUUCAGCUUUACAGAUGCCACUUCCGCUCUGCAGGCGGUGUGUGUGUUGCACAUUUUCAUAGGAACAGUAAUUACGUUUAUUUGGGGUGCGACGUUUGUUUAAUCAAAUGGACUAAUUGAGGCUUAGAAUGGAGGCUACUGUUUGAGGAAAUAUGGUACUUAAAUCCUUUGUGUUUACUAUUUUUAUCAGUUGUAUGCUGCCAACUUUUGGGGGAACCAUUUUGGACAGAGUGCAUUAAUGGUUAGUAUGUCUGCCUCACAGUUCUGAAGUUCUGGGUUUGAAUCUCCGUUCUGGCCUUCCUGUGUGGAGUUUGCAUUUUCUCCACAUCUCCUUAGGUGUGAAUGUGAAUGUGAAUGCUUGUUUGUCCACAGUACACCACUCACAAAAGGUUAAAGGUAUUCAGUUUUCGGGUGAAUACUGUUUGAAUACAAAUUCUAAUUGAACCGACAAAUAUAUUGGCCGAUUCAUGGAUCAAAUGCCUAUUGUGAAUUUUUCCAUUCAGUUCCUUGAUUGAGAACAGCAAGCUGUGCAAAACCUACUGAAACAUUAAACAGCUGGUCGUGUAUUUAAAAGUAUAGAGAAGGUCAAAUUAAGUUCACUUGUCAAGAUUAUAGUACAUUUUAGGUUCAUUCUGAAAUUUCACCCGAAAUCCCAAUUAUUUCUACAUUUUUGUGAGUAGUGCCUGUGAUUUGCUGGCAACCUCUCACCCAAAGUCAGUUGGGAUAGUUUGCAGCGCACCCAGCACCCAAAUAAGCACAAAUGCUAUAAAAAGUAAAUGUCACCAUCCUGGGCAGUGGGGAGCAUUUAUUUGAGUUGCGGUGUUUAUUUAUUCAAGUGGACGACAAACCCAGUGACUAAUUGAGGUACAGUUUCCAUUGAAGUUGAGGCUACUAUUUGAGGUAAUACGGUACUUUUAUCAAUUGUAUGCUGGCAGCUUUCACGGGAACAAUUUGGGUUGAAUGGGCUCCCGGUGCACAAAUUAAGGCAUUCUUCUUCAAUUUGUACUUCCUGUAGGUGUAACGACCAUCUACUUUUUGUCCUUCAAGUGUACUUAGGGCCGCAGAAAACGCUCUGAUCUUCGGACGGCAGCAAUGAUUCAGCUAAAAUGUACGCGGGUGAACAAAGCACACCACAGAAGUUUAUGAACUUAGUACUCAGACAUGAGCAGAGGAGGCCCUCAACAUGCUGACACUGCCAGACUAACUGUUUGCUGUAACAUUACCAACUGGGGAAGCACAAAAGCAGAUGCUUGGACUGAAAGUGAGAGAGGACGUUAUUAUCAACACAGGAAAAGUCAUCUUCUGUCCUGGCAUGUGACUCUGAGUGACUUUAAUUUAUGAUGCUCAAUGCUUAGAAGGUUUUGUUUUGGAUGAGAGCCACUUUUUUCACAGGCUGCAUUGUCACAGAUUAGCAGUUUUAAUAAUUUAGAUGGAUUUAACUGAGUAUCUGUAUAGCUCCUCAUUCAUUUGUGUUGUUUGUUCAUGAGUCAACUGGAUUGAAUGAUUUGUUGACAUUGAAGCAUAUGCAAGAAUGCUGACAAUAUAUCCAUGCUUGUUGGCUUGAGCUAUGUUUGCUUUGGCUGGAUCAUAAAAAAUGCGUCGGAAUCGGUUGGUUUUUUAAAAAUUUAUUUUAAUUUUUAUUUUAUUUUUUAAAUGUGCGAAGUUUCCAUCACGCAGUCCAGUACAGUUCGGUUUGCCACGGUACGCUUCAGAUUGGUGUAAUCCAGCCAAUCUCUGUGGCCCAAUCGGUGGACAACAACGUCUCUAGCUUUUCCCUACACAGGCAAACUGUUUCGUACUGAUCCAAAAAGGCCUGAUAUUUUGGGACAUUUAGAAUGAAAACGUCAAUGUGUACCCAACUCAACCCAGCCAUUCUGCUAAGCGGAAGCUUCGGCUAUAUCAUGAAAAAAAAUAUCGGAAUCAGUUUGUGUGGUUUUUUUUUUAUUAUGUGUAAAUUUUCCACCAAGCCUUACAGUUCGGAUCAGAGCGCCAUGGUACGAUUCAGAUUGGAAAGCCUGGUAAUACGCAGACUGGAGAUAACGGCGACAUUUACUGUAAAUAGUGUGACACAAACAAACCAACCAACAAAUGCAACAAACGACGUAAGAUCAUGUUUCAUGAUACGUAAUAUAUAUUAAAAACAACAAAGAACUGAAUUUAAGUGAACUGAACAUACCUUUAGUGAUAAGUGGAAACAGGGCUGUAGCUUUGUGCCCAAGAGUAAUUGUUUUUAGUUAGUGACACUGGUGCCAAUUUAGCACUUAUCUCAUUUAUACGUGGCAAGGUUUUUUUCCCCAUAACAGGACAACACGCCUAGCUCAUUCUUACUACCAUGUUUUAUUGUUACGAAACAGACAAUAAUGCUCAUUAUUUUCCCCAAACAUUAUCCAUGUCGUGUGUCCAUUUACAACGUUUUAUUUUUUAUUUUUACAAUUUGAACUUCCCUCAAUCGAAGGAUGAAAAUGCUGCAUUUAGAUUGGAUGGCGGCCAUGCUUUCAAUGUUGUGACCAUCCACCGCAAAGUGCUUCUCCCAGUUUCCCCCUUCCAUGCAACAGAUGAGCGCAAAGGGUUGCCAAAUGCAAUGCAUGAUUGCCUUGAAAGUUAGUGAAAAAAAUGUUUCUUUCAAAACUGUGGCGCUCACAUUCUAACGUGAAUGAGAGAUACAUUCCACCCUGCGUGGCAUCCCUUUUCCGGCAACAGAGUGUCCCAGCUAAACCUAAUCUGUGCUUUCGUUGCUUGUCAUGAACGGUUUGGGAGUGUUUUUGUUUUGUUUUGUUUUUUUCUAGAAGCAUCUAAAGCUUAGUUGCCACACAUAUGGGAUCAAACUGGAACUGCUCGUUGGCUGAACAAGAAACAAUAAAAGUGUAGUCAACUA